AUGGAGUUCUCCAGAGAGAUGAAUUGGAUGUACGGGCUGUGGAGGAGUGAGGCUGCCCGUCAGUUUGGCGUCAACAUCGAGGGCUCGACCGGAGGGGCAGGGACAGCAUUGUCCAAUAGCGUUGCAGCACUCGAAAAGGAAAGGGACUUACACGCGCGGGUCAGGUCUCACAAGCGCGAGAGGCGCGGCGUUUCGUCCGGGGAGGAGUGCAAGAAAGUGGGAAAGCAAGUCACCAAGGACGGAAAGAGUGGCUCUGAGAGCGAGACUGCCCUUGCGAAAUCCGCCAUGCCCCACCCGACACAGACCGCCAUCCUGGCGAGUUUGCAGGGCGGAGAUCGGAUCGAGAAUCUUGAGGUCAGCUCUCAUCCGAACGCCGACCCCAAGAAGACCGACCAAUCUCGUGAGAGCCGCCGUGCAACGUUGAUGGGUCAUGAGCUAGGGGCACGCCUGAGCCCCAACGCGCACGCCCACUCGCUGCCGGGACUCAACAUCAAAACUCCCGGAUUCGGGCAAGUGAGCAGUGGGCCAAGGAGGUCCAAAAAUGCCACCUGCCCAACGGUAGCUGUCAGCACGAUGAGAAUGUCCUUGGACGGCGGGAUUGCGGCGUGUUGCAAGGGUAGCGCGGGUUGGCGAGCGGGCAUUAAGCUUGUUCCUGCCCUUGUUGACAGCCCACAGUGGCGGAUGUGGAAUUCGAAUUGGUAG